UUUUUUUUAUCUUGUUUUUUUCUCUCUUUUUUUUUUUUUUCUUUUUGUUUAUAUAUUACGUGUUUGAAUUGACUUUUUUCGCUAUUCAAAUAGCCACAAAACAAAUCAGCGCGUAAAAGGAACAGUAUGCUGCAACAACAAUCAUCACUUUGCUUUCAAACUUCUCCAAAAGAAAAAGAGUAAUAAAAGAAUAGACGAAACAGUUGUUAAAAAAUAUCAAAUGUUGACAUCAUCUAACGGAUUGUAUAGGAUGGAAAGUACCAACACCUCUAAUAGCUUUUUACAAAACUCAUCUAGAAAUAAUAUUCGAUUUGAAGUGAUUAUGGAAGCACCUACAGCUGCAGCUCAAAAGAUUGAUGAAACGCCUUUAACUUAUCUUAAUAAAGGACAAUCAUAUAACAUUACAUUAAAGGACACUCAUCAGUUUGAAGGAUAUAUUACAAGUACUAUUAUGAUCAUGUUUCACGAUGAAAAUCAUCGAAAAGUAGCUCCCAACUAUUGGAAAUUCUGGCAAACUCAACAAAAUAAUCCUCAUAUGGCUCGUGCCAUUGAUGUGGAACUUUCAAGAUCAAAUGGUCUUCAUCAAGUAGAAUGUCAUUAUUUUGAUCGAAUCACUUUUCGCUGGUAUGGUAACAAAGGGGCUAAUUUGUUGAUUAAAUUCAAUUGCCUUUCUACUGAUUUUUCUCGUAUAAAAGGCGUAAAAGGAAUUCCUUUAAGAUUACAUAUGGAAAGCAAUAUUAAUGAUGAUUAUAUUGAAAAAACUUAUUGUCGCAUCAAACUAUUUCGUGAUAAGGGUGCUGAACGAAAAAAUAAAGAUGAUGCAAAACAUAUUGAACGACAAUUGGAAAAAUUACGUGGCAAGCAUGGUGAACCACAUCCUUUAUGGCUGACUUACUCUCACGCUGUACCGUAUACCCUUUUUCAAGAAAUUGACACCAAAGAUGUAUCUACUCUUUAUCAAACAACAACAAAUUCCUCAAGAAGUGUUUCAUCUAGUAGACAAUCUCCCUCUUCUUAUUCCAUACCAUCUCCUCCCAUACCUCUUGCACCACCAUCACCUUCUAUCACCUCACAUCAUUCUCGUCAUCCACAACAACAGUUCAAGACAAGUCCCAGUAAAAGGCAUCAUCGUUAUCUAACUGAUCCUGGAUAUCCUUUACCAUCUCAUCCAAAUUUAUUUCAACAACACACACCUCCUUUACCUAUCACCCUAGCACCUCAUCACCCUUCUACUGCUGCUGCUGCUGCUUCUUCGAUCUCACCUUGGAUAACCUCACCUUCUGUGGAUAUUGAUCCUGAUUAUAUUCCUCAGAAAAGACAUAGAGUUGCAAAAUUGAGCAUCUUUGUUCGUUUUGAAAAUCAAUCCGUCUAUCGUGCCAUUUAUUUAGAAGAACUUACCGUACAACAUUUAAAAGAAAAGAUCCUGAUGAAAAUGGAAUUCGAAGAUGAAGAUCAAAAGACAUUGAUCCGUGAUAUGGUGCGUCAAGUGCCAACAAAACAAGAUCUCUUAGUGACAAUGGAUGAUGAUGCCAUUAUCCAGGAUAUUCCUGAAGAACAAGUCAUUCUUAUCAACAAACGUAUUAAUGAUGAUGGUUCCAUUACCUUGAUAUUGAUUUACUGAUCCACUUUUGGCAAGUAAGAUUUCCUGAUUUCCUUCUUUCUCUCUCUCUCUCUUUUUUUUUUUAUUUCUAUGUACCUAUUAUUUUCUAUUCAUUCAAUACUGUCACAAAUCAAUAACAACAAUAAACUUCUCUUUUUCCUUAGAAAUGAAUAUCAUUGGUUUAUUUGGAAGUUGGUUUUGUUUGUAUAAGGUAGAAAAAAGAAUAGAUAAUGAUGAUAGUUGUUCAUGAUAACCAACAACAAUGACGAUGAUGAAAGCAUGAAUACAGUUUAUCAAAUUAAGAAUGUAAAUAAAUGAUACAUUGUCAUACUGCCUUCCA